GGAGGAGCUCCGCGCGCGCUUCCACGCUGAACUGUCCGCGAGAGUGACGAGCAACGUAACGCACAUCCAAACUUUCUCCUCACGGAUAAUUCAUGACAUUUCACUGCGUAAUCGCUAAGGGAUUCCUGUGGUCGUGCCAUGUUCAAGGCCGUGCUGAAGAAGAGCAGAGACAGCGGGAAAAACUGCAAGAAGGAUGCAGCGGGAGAGCUGUACCUGCUCAAUGCCCAGCGAAGGUGCCCGGGUGGUUCGGUGCAAGGUGCUGGCAUGUACCCAUCCACAGAUGAAGGCCUUAGGCACAGCCUGGCUAAAGGGGUCUCUAUGUCUCUGCCGUCCUCACCUCUCCUGCCCCGUCAGACAUAUGUAAUGGCGGCUCGUCCCUGCAAGAAAUCUCCAGGACCUGUUAGAAAGGCGAAAUAUGUGGAGAGUCCACGUGUUCCCGGAGAUGCCAUCACAUCGCUGAGGAAAGUGGCCGACGCCACAGCUGAGCUGGCCGCUCCUGGCCCCUCCCCCGCCACACAGGAGUUGAUGACACGCUUGGGGUUCUUACUGGGCGAAGGCAUCCCGGGCUCCACGCGCAUACCUAUGGACGACAAGAAUGAAAAAAAGUGUGCAGUAAAUCAGGGUAUCAGUCCAUGUUCUACUUUGACCAGCAGCACAGCAUCUCCGUGCACGGACAGCCCCUGUUCCACCUUAAACAGUAACAGCAGCCGGCCAGCAGCCAAUCACCGCAGCCCGUGUGGAACCAUCACCAGCCCGAGCUCCACCCUCGAGAGCAAAGACAGUGGGAUCAUCGCCACCAUCACAAGCUCAUCAGAGAAUGACGACCGCAGCGGCUCCAGUCUGGAGUGGAGUAAAGAUGGGAGUAUAAGGAGCUGUGGUCAGCAUGCGCUGGCGCAGACGGCCGUACGGGCAGACGCGUGCUCUCCGGUGGCCGAAGAGGAAGGGUCAGCGUCCGGGACAGAGGGCAGGAGCAGAGCUAAGACGAGUUCAGGAGCAGCAGCUCACGGUCCUGAAGGACCUGUGCAGUACCACACGCAGACCUCAUCCAGCCUGAUGAUGCCUCGACCAAACUCUGUCGCAGCAACAAGCUCCACUAAGCUGGAGGACCUGAGUUAUCUUGAUGAACAGCGAAACGCCCCCCUGCGUACGUCCAUUCGCCUGCCCUGGCACAACACAGGCGGCAGAGCUCCACACGAUAAAGCUCGCUUCACUCCGUACAAGCCCACCGACAUCAUGCUCAAACCGCUACUGUUCGAAGUUCCCAGCAUCACCACUGACUCUGUGUUCGUGGGCCGUGAUUGGCUGUUCCAGCAGCUCGAGGAUGACCUGAAGCCCAGGGAAUCGGGCGAGAGCUCCGGGGUUAUCCUGGUGGGUAACGUGGGCUUCGGCAAAACCGCCAUCAUCUCCCGUCUGGUGGCCCUCAGUUGCCAUGGCGGCCGCAUGCGACAGAUCGCAUCCAACAGCCCGAGUGCUUCUCCAAAAUGUGGAGAGCCGAGUUCAGAUUUGCCCCUGAGCCAGCCACCUCAGCCCACUCCUCCCCCUAGUGCCACAAACACCCUGCGGCCCAGCAGCUGUCCCAGCACGCCAGAGCUCCAGAGACGGCGUGAGGAGGCCGUCAAACGCCUGGCAGCAAAGGUGGUGGCGUAUCAUUACUGCCAGGCUGAUAACACAUACACGUGUCUGGUUCCCGAGUUUGUUCACAGUGUGGCUGCGCUCUUGUGUAGAGCCCAUCAGCUCACAGCGUACAGAGAACUACUGCUGAAAGAGCCUCAUCUACAGAGCAUGCUCAGUCUGCGCUCCUGCGUCCAAGACCCAACGGCUGCCUUCCGCCGGGGCAUCCUCCAGCCGCUCAUCAACCUGCGCAAAGAGAGGAAGAUUCCUGAGGAAGAUUACAUAAUCUUGGUCGACGGGCUGAAUGAGGCGGAGUUUCACAAACCAGAUUAUGGUGACACUAUCGCCUCCUUUAUUACCAAGAUCAUCUGCAGGUUCCCCGAUUGGUUGAAGCUGGUCGUCACAGUGAGAUCCAGUCUUCUGGACAUCACCGGUCUGUUAAACUUCCCCAAAAUCAGUCUGGAUGAAUUCCCUGAUAACCCGGAGAUCAGCGCCGACCUCAACGCCUACAUCCAACACCGCAUCAACAGCAGCCAGAACAUUCUCAACAACAUCUCGCUCAAUGGUAAAGCCGACCCCAUCAUCGUGGGCAAGGUCAGCUCUCACCUCAUCUCCCGCAGCCAGGGCUCCUACCUGUACCUCAAACUGACCCUUGACCUCUUCGAGAAGGGUCAUCUGGUCGUUAAGAGCGCGAGCUACAAGGUGGUGCCCGUCUCUCUGUCCGAGCUCUACCUGCUUCAAUGUAACAUGAAGUUCAUGAGCAACUCUGCGUUUGAGCGCACCAUGCCCAUUCUGAACGUGGCGCUGGCGUCUCUUCACCCGAUGACGGAUGAGCAGUUGUUCCAGGCGGUGAAUGCCGGCAGCGUGAGAGGGGAGCAGGUGUGGGAGGACUUCCAGCAGAUGAUGGAGACGCUCUCGUGUUUCCUGAUUAAAAGGAGGGAUAAAACGCGCAUGUUUUGUCACCCUUCCUUCAGAGAGUGGCUGGUGUGGAGGGCGGACGGAGAAAGCUCGGAGUUCCUCUGCGAUCCCAGGAGUGGACAUGCCCUGGUGGCGUUCAUGUUGUCCAGGCAGGAAGGAAAGUUGAACAGGCAGCAGACUGUGGAGCUGGGCCAUCACAUUUUAAAGGCACACAUUUUUAAGGGUUUGAGUAAGAAGACCGGUGUGUCCUCCAGUAUUCUCCAGGCGUUAUGGAUCAGCUGUAGCACUGAUGGUCUGUCUGCUGCUUUGGCCUCUCUUAGGAACCUCUACACACCCAACGUCAAGGUGAGCCGUCUGCUGAUGCUGGGUGGAGUGAAUGUCAACUAUCGCACGGAAGUAUUGAACAAUGCCCCGGUGCUGUGCGUUCAGUCUCAUCUGGGCCAUCAGGAGAUGGUUUCUCUGCUGCUGGAGUUCGGGGCGAAUGGAGACGUGGUCUCAGAGAACGGGAUGAGUUCUCUCUGUUACGCAGCCUCCGCUGGUCAUCUGGGAGUUGUUCAUCUUCUCUGUAAGAAAGGAGCCAAGGUGGAUCUCGUGGACAAAAGCGGCCAAUGUGCAUUAGUUCAUGCGGCUCUCCGGGGUCAUCCUGAGGUCAUCGAGUCCCUGUUGGAACUCACCUGGAGCAGCGAGGGUCAACAGGUGGACCUCAGCCUGAAGAAUAAAGCCCUGCAGCAGGGACUCAUAGCGGCCUGCAGUAUGGGACACACGCAUGUGCUGGAGGGCCUGUUGAUGUUGAAUAAUGAACUGACUGUGCAGAUUGAUGCUCAUGACACGCUGUGGGGUGAAACAGCUCUGACGGCGGCGGCGGGACGAGGAAAGCUGGAGGUGUGUAGUUUUCUGCUGGAGAGAGGGCCACAGGUUCAGCAGGUGAACAGGAGAGGGGCGUGUGCGCUCUUCUGUGCGGUCCGGCAGGGACAUUGGCAGAUUGCAGAUCUGUUACUGCAGCACGGCGCAGAUGUAAACGUCAGCGAUAAACAGGGUCGCACGUUGCUGAUGGUGGCGGCGUGUGAGGGGCAUCUCAGCACAGCCGAAUUCUUGUUAUCUAAAGGUGCCUCUUUAACAUCGGUGGAUAAGGAGGGGUUAACUCCUCUCAGCUGGGCGUGUUUAAAAGGACACAAGAAUGUUGUUCAGUUUUUGGUGGAGAAGGGUGCGGUUAUUGACCACUCGGACAGGAACGGUCGCACUCCGCUGGACCUGGCAGCGUUUUAUGGAGACUCGGACAUUGUACAUUAUCUGGUUGAGAAAGGGGCUGUGAUUGAACAUGUAGACUACAGUGGCAUGAGAGCUCUGGACCGAGCCAUCGGCUGCCGGAACACAUCAGUGGUGCUCACGUUACUCAAGAAAGGAGCCAAACUAGGCUACAGAACUUCACCUUAUGAUCGAACAGGUAACGCAGCCUGGGCGAUGGCAACAUCCAAACCAGAUAUCCUCAUUAUUCUCCUGCAGAAGCUGAUGGAGGAAGGCAAUCUGCUGUACAAAAGGGGAAAGAUGAAGGAGGCAGCUCAGAGGUAUCAGUACGCAUUGAGGAAGUUUCCCAGAGAGGGUUUCGGUGAGGAACUGAAGGCCUUUAAAGAGCUCCGGGUCUCUUUGUAUCUCAAUCUGUCUCGCUGUCGCCGGAAAACUAACGACUUUGGCAUGGCUGAGGAGUUCGCCACGAAGGCUCUGGAGCUCAAACCCAAAUCGUACGAGGCGUACUACGCUAGAGCCCGGGCCAAAAGAAGCAGCAGACAGUUCGCCGCAGCGUUGGCAGACCUGCACGAAGCUAGCAAGCUCUGCCCCAAUAACCGCGAGAUCUGCCGUCUGCUGGCCCGCGUGGAGGAAGAAUGUAAACAAAUGCAGCGAGCUCAGAAGCAGCAGACGAACCCGGCGGCCGCCAUCCACGACUCGGAUCAGGAUCACGGCGAGCCAGAGGACGACGGAGAAGCGACGGAGCGCAGUCUGGGGCGGGACGUCGACGAUGAAGACGAAGCUUCUGAGGGCUGGUCCCAAAACAUCUACUCGCUCAAUCGGACUCUGCCUGAUUCUAACGGUUCUGUUUCACCCCCUCACAGGCAAAGCCUUCGAUAUCAGCACAGAGAGUCCGUGGCUCAGAAGAGUCUGCUUCUCCAACCCAGCAAACAAGCCCAGAUAGUCAAAACCAACCAGCACCAUGGAUCUUUACAGGUGGCGUCUACACGACCCAUGAACCCUAAGACCCACUCACAAUACGCCCCCUCCAGUCCCAUCCCUAGCCGUCACAUUUCUAGCGUGUUGAAAGCCGGUCCGGGUAUUGACAUCAGCCCUCUGCCGGACGACGCGGGACGAGCUUUGAUGCGUGAAAGCGAGGACCGCCACCUCGUGCAGGUUCACUCCUCCAAGACGCAGGAGCUCUCCACGGGCCCUGGAGCUCAAGGCCAGGACGCAAGAAAGGACUACGGGCACGGGACGGGUUCACACGCCAGCAGCAUGCGGGUCUCCAGCUCCACCAGCAGUCUGGCCUCCAGCAGCAGUUUAUCUGACGGCGGGAAGCCGCAAGGCCCGGACGUGCGAACCAAAACCGGCUCCGACAAACCCAAGAUCAGCCAGGGGAGCUCCGUGGAAUACAAACCCAGGCCGUUCAUGGGGAUCAUGGACAAAAAGGCUCGAUUUCAACAGCAGCAGACGAGUCAUCCUCCGAUCUCUCGCGGAUGGCAGAGUCAGUCCUCAGAAGGGCUGGUCGGGCACACCGUCUCUUCCACAGGUGUGAACUGUGAGCUCGCGUUCGCCAAACCGCCCGCCGCUUUCUACGAGCAUCUGAAAACUCCCUCUCAGAGUUCGCCUCUGGGCGGCCAGCACAACGGCAGUCUGCACUCGAAAGAGUUUGACAAGUUCAGCUGUCACAAAGAUCCCAAACCAGCUCUUGCCAUGGCUCAUUCAUUCGCAGACAGCAUGCCCAAACAGCCCGGCCUGUCUCGAGAGAACCCCAACAUUCAUGUAGCUUCAAUGAAACCAAAGAGAUCUUUUAUCGAGUCUAAUGUUUAGGGUGCAUUCAGAUGCAACAGAUACACUGCAGAUGGAGUUACUUGAGGAGAUGUUCAGUUGAACUUUAGUGGUGGAGUCAUAUGGGUUUUUCAGUAGGAGAGGAUAAAGAAUUUAUUGAUCAAACGUUUAAAGUCAAGUGAGUGAAAUGUUUCUCUUGAACUUACAAAUCUUGUGAUGUGGAGAUGCUGAAGCUGGUGUUCAAAAAACAAACUUAAAGGGACAGUUCACCCAAAAAUGAAAACUCUGUCUUCAUUUACUCACCCUCGAGUUGUUCCAAAUCUGUAUAAAUGUCUUUGUUCUGAUGAACACAAAGAAAGGUAUUUGGAAGAAUGCUUGUAAACAGCAAACAGUUCUUGGCCACCAUUGACUCCCAUAGAAGGAAAAAUGACAAUGGUAGUUAAAAGUGCCCCAGAACUGUUUGCUUUUCUUGUCGUUCUUUAAAGUGUCUUCUUUUGUGUUCAACAGAACAAAGAAUUGUAUCAAGUAAAUUUUCCUACUAUGGUAGUCAGUGGUGGCCAAGAACUGUUUGGUUACAAGCAUUCUUCCAAAUACCUUCUCUGUGUUCAUCAGAACAAAUAAAAUUAUACUGGAACAACUCAAGGGUUCAAGAGUAAAUAAUGACAGAAUUUUUAGUUUUGGGCGAACUGUUCUUUUAACGUAACACAUUUCUGUGUGUAGUUAAGAGCAACACAUCUUGUGUUACUUUUAACUCAUCCUUGUGUUGUCCCUUUUAUUUAUUUAACACACAAACAAUACAAAAUGACAAAAUUCUGUAAUAAUUCAAUUUAUUAAUUCCAUUAAUAAUUAAAAUGAAUAAACACAUCCUUUUUGAGAUUGUAGUCUUGUUGACCAAAAUUGUGCAAACAUAACUUUCUUUAUUACUCGAAUAAAACAUUUUUUUACAAAUAUUUUUUACAUUGUAAAGUUUUUGAAAUGGAUGACUUUAACUGAAUAAUGAAGAAAUAGCAACCAAUUAGAGUCCGGAAUAGAUGUGUAUUCAUGCUUAAAUGCUUGAUUUUUUGUAGACAAAACAAAUAUGCUGGCACAAAUAUACUUUAAUUUCGUUUAAAGGGAUUAUACAUGUUUUAAAAAAUGUGACUACUAGUUGGCUUUUACAAAAUUGUUUUAUUAUGUAAGGAAAGCCAAAGAGCUUUAAAAGGUGAUUCCUGGGAUGACUUUUGAAGUUGGCUGGUUUUCCUUUACUACUAAAUGUGUUCUAUUAUUUUAAAAAAAAAUGUUGUAAAAAUUUGCACAAAGUUUGUAUUUGUAAGUGUGUAAAACAAUAGGUUUGUAAGAUCAUGAGAAACAUGAAUUCAGUCAAGGGUGUUAAAAUGUUUGAAUGGUUAAUAGUGUGAGUAUAUAUAUAUAACUCAAACUUUACACUAUUUACUUUAAAUUCACUCUGAAAUAUUGGACAACAGCAGCACAUUUAUAUUCUGAAGUUCAGACUUUUGUUAAUCAGUAAAGCAGAUAUUAAUCUGUGAAUUAAUCUGCCAAGCAGGUACAGCUCCAGAGCGUCUGUCACUAACCCUGAGAAAACCCUGUCAACAUGACCAAAAUCCAGCCUGGCUGUUUUACUGUGUGUUUUUGGUAUGUUUAACCCUUAUAAAGGGUCACGAACACCUCCAGCGGGCUUCUGCCCCACUGUUUCAGAGCAGAGAGGAUUCUCAUUUGUUAAAGGAAUGAAAUCAUGACCAGCAUUCCUCUCAUGAAAAACAUCAGACCCUCUAACAAUGUACAUAUAUUGAUACCGUGUGUAUUUUUCACACAUUUUAUGUGAAGACUUGUUUGUGUUUAUACCAGUGUAGUAUAAAAAGUGGAUUUGAGUUUUUUCUUUCACAUGUUUUUGGUUGACGUGAUGUUUGAGGUUACUAAAAAAUGUACCUUCUUGGUAUGUUUGUAUAUUAUAUUUGAAUCUGCUCUUGAGUGUUUAAGUCUAUUCUUCCUUUGUACCUGCUUGUUGUUUCCGUCUAGAUUAAUUUAUUUACAGCAACUUUGUCUUGGCAACUGUAAAAGCAAUAUAUUUUAUAUAGUUAUUUUUGCACAGCUACUUUAAAAAGAAAAGUAUGGAAAGGAAAUGUUUUACCAUGCCAAUGCAAAACUCCAGAGGUCAUCUGUGUGAGCGCACGCGGCAUGCUACAGAGAUGAAAGAAUCGGAGAAUAAAACAUAACAGAGAUAAAAGGAUCGAGGAUGGACAGCAGUUAUAUUUUAAAUGUGUAUAUAAAUAUUUUUUCUGCAACUGUCGCCACGUUACGUGAACUGUACAGUCUUGUUAUGUUCUGUAUCAAAAAUAAAUUUCUGCCAUCAUCCAUCUAAACAUUUGACUGGAAUUAUUUUUAAUUAUUCUGUGAAGUUUUACUCUAGUGGACAGAAUCAGUUUGUAUGAUAAAGUAUUAGGUUAUUAUAUUAGUCAGUUAUGACAUUAGUUAAAUUAAAAAGGUAAACAUUAAUGCACAAUGAACUAACAUGAACAAACAAUCAACAAUUGUAUUGGAAUUUAAUAACAUGACCAGUUAGCUAAUGCAUUAAUGCUAAUGAGUGUGACCUUAUUGCAGUGAGAUUCAGCAUUUAAAAAAUAUUGUUUGUUUUCUUAAAAACUAAGUUGAAGAUUUAGGAAGUCUAACGUGAAGUCAAAUGAUCAAUAUUGAUGUGGAUUUAUACAAUUGCGCUGCCCUUGUGAUUUAGAAGGAAUAAUGUUUCAAGUCUAUUGAAUUAAAAGAAUUACUGUGUAUUAUGCUUGGUCUGUGAAAUUUUUUGUAGCAGUUUGUCACAGUUUCAACAUGUCCUGUGUGAUUAACAACCUAUUCAAGAGUCAUACUGUAAAUACAGAGAAAGUUUGACAUUCUUAAGAAGUUUUCUCAUUCUUUUUUGUGGGAUUUUCAAUUUUUAGAACAACGAUCACAAGGAUGAAAACAUUUAAAAGUAAACUAAAACCAAAACUGAUUAAUAAAUAAUAAAAUUCUAAAAAAAUAACAAUUUCUAAAAAAAGAUCAGUAAAUAUCAGAUUAGUAUUGUGAAUUAAAAAAUGAAACGAAGAGCCACGAACCUGUAUAUUAAACUCUAAACACACUUGGGUAUAUUGAAACAGAACAGUCGCAUAUCUGGCUUGAUCAAACAGGAUCAGGUUAUUUUACAUUUAAGAUACAGUAUAACAAACAAAACUUCACACAAUUAGCUGUAAAGAGAGGCUGCAAUCAUAUGAACCGCUGCCUUUGAUUUGAAGGUGAUGUUAAAUUCAGCGACACACCCGCAUCCACCAUGUUAAUUAAAGGAGUAGUUCACUUUCAAAACACAUUUUCAUGAUAAUUUACUCACCCCCAAGUCAUCCAAGAUGUUUAUGUAUU